UCAGUCGCUGCUGAGGACUUGUGGUGGUGGGUCGUGUGGCGUCAGUCAAGGCUGUGGCUGUUGCUCUGGGUGGAAGAUAUUACUCUUUGGUUUGCAGAAUGUGGUUGCAACGGCUCUUGGGUGUUGCAGUUGCAGCUCUCGUCAGCACGCAAGCUAGCGCAUCUGCAACGGGAGAGACCCCUACAGUGACAACAGAGGUUGGUACGAUUAGAGGAGUGACGGAGCAAGCAGUCAAUGGGAACGUCUUCUACUCUUUCUACGGCAUUCCUUACGCAGAGCCGCCCGUAGGAACGCUCAGGUUCAAGGAUCCAGUUGAGGCCGAAGCCUGGUCAGGUGUCAGAGAUGGCUCCAGGCAACCUUCGCAGUGUGUUAUUGUCCCUUUUUUGCCAUUGCUGCUUGGGCAAAGGUUCACAGCCGAUGAGUUACCAGGGAGCGAAGACUGCCUUUACUUGAACGUCUAUAUGCCCAAGGCUGCCGCUGCAACCAACACGUCCCAAGGCAGUAAUGGUUUGCCAGUUAUGGUGUUCAUCCAUGGCGGAGCAUUCAUCUCUGGGAGUGCCCAGGAACUCCCUCCUUACGUUCUUCUCAGCAGGGACGUUGUUUUAGUUGUCUUGCAAUACAGACUGGGAUUUCUAGGGUUCUUAUCGACGGAGGAUUCGGUGCUCCCCGGCAAUUAUGGCUUAAAAGACCAAACUCUGGCUCUUCAGUGGGUGCAGAAGCAUAUACACAACUUUGGAGGAGAUCCCCAGAGAGUUACCAUCUUUGGCCAGAGUGCUGGCGCAGCGUCGGUUCAUUUCCAGCUACUUUCUCCAAAAGCCAGAGGACUAUUCAGCGGAGCUAUCCUUCAGUCAGGAUCCGCUGUUAACCCGUGGGCCCUAAAUCCUCAGCACAAGAGAACUGCUGGGGAUGUAGGAGCACUCGUAGGCUGCAGUUUAGACAAAGGUAGUCAAGCAUUUCUAGAAUGUAUGCAAACUAUCGAUUUCCGCAAGGUUAUGCUGACAAGUCAGCAACUACUUAUAUGGUUUACCAUACCACUUUACGCCGUCCCCAGAGUCGAUGGGGACUUUAUACCAGACCAUCCGCUUCUGCUCUUACAUGAGGGCCGCUACAAUAAGGUCAACAUCAUGUCUGGGAUCACAGCAAAUGAGGGAGGACUACUCACGAUACAACUGUACAACGAGCAAAAGAAUCUCCUCGAGGAAUACAAGAAGAAUUUCACACUGCUCGGUCCCUUGACUCUGGGUCUGAACCCAUUUGACAGCAACACACCGACAGUAGUGAAUGACAUUGUCGACUACUACCUAGGGGGAUACAACUUCGACCCUCCAUAUGCAGACAAUGUCACCCAGAUGUUGGGUGAUGCCCAGUUUAAUGUACCUCACGACAUCACAAGUUUGUUUCACGCACGUGAUCAGAAUCAUUCGACCUUCCGGUACGAAUUCACCCACCGAGGUCCCUGGCUGUUAGGUACCCCUGAGGUUGGCAGCCACUGGGUCAUCCACAGCGAUGACUUGCUCUACUUUCAAAUACCUCGACCACCCCCUCAGUCACCUUUGGACCUCGCAGCUGCCCAGGAUUUCCAGGUCAUGAAUCUAAUGGUUGCCAUGUGGACGAACUUCGCCACUUACGGGCAUCCUACUCCUGACGACUCUCUGGGUUUCCACUGGAAUCCUUCAACCCAGAAGGACUUUUGGUACCUGGACUUCUCAGCUAAUCCUCACAUGAGAGGCGACCAAAGGAAGGAGACUAGGCAGUUCCUCCUCUCGCUUCCAACCGAAACCAAUAAGCUGUUCGGCUCCCUUAUUGUCAACGGGACAACUGAUCACAAUGCCAGCCCUUCUCUAGCUACUAGAACGAGUAGCAGCAGCAGCAGCAGCAGCAGCAGCAGCAGCAGCAGCAGCAGCGCAUUAGCAAUCCAUCUCGUGCUGGUGGGACGACCCACAGCCACAAUCCCAACCUCUCUCAAAUCCCUACGGUGAGUAGCUAUGAGUCUACCACCUCUCCUCUCAUCACAAUGAUGAAAGGAUAUACCUACAGAAUCCCUGCUGCCCCCUGGAGCGGCUCCAGUCACAACGUUCCUGAGGCUGCUUCGAUAAGGGGACAUGGACAGAGGUAACUUGGUCCCUCACUGGUCGCAAGCGGUUAUAAGAAGUGACUCGCGAACACACUGACCACUUCAAGAUCAUACUACAGUUCAGCAUCAGUCAUUGACCUGUGGUGAAGAGAACAGUCACCUGGCUUGGUUCAGGUGAUGAUCAGCAAGUGACAGUAGCACCAGUUUAAUUCGAAUGGGCCCCACGUCCCUCCUGGCCACAACGAAUUUAUAUAAUCUGAUUUCGCGUCAUCGGUGUCAGUGAACCUCGGUUAGAAUGAAAGGGGAAUCUAGUGAAUUAACAGGUUUCCUGUAAACUUAUGCAUCUUGGCAGUCAAUUCAACAUAUGGGAAUUAAGUAGUGGCGUUUUCCUAGCAUAAAAAAUAGCAAUUUGGGACAUUGUCCAGCUGAGGAUUCUAUAUGCACCUCAAACCGAACAGUUGAAAAGCUAUUUUUUUCUGUAAAAGUAUAAAAUCAUUGAAAAGUGAAGCAUUCGACAACAACUUCUAUUGGAAUUUUCGCUGUAGAAUACUGAUCAACACUGAUAUGUAUAUAUUCCUUUUUAUUCGUAUAAUUUACAAGGUACUUUUUGCUGUAUUAAUAUAUUGAAGGUUAAACCUUCUAUAUUAGAAGUUUCAAAUAAAAAUACAAACACA